AUGGUUGGCCUAUAUGAAGAGAGACACAUGUGGAUCCCGGCCUUCAUGCGCGAAUAUUUUUGGGCCGGGAUAAAGACAACACAACGUGUGGAGAGCAUUAACAGUUUCUUUGAUGGGUUUGUUAAUCGGAAGAUGAAACUUUGCGAAUUUCCUGUGCGAUACACCAGGGCAAUGACAAAGAGGUUCCAGGAUGAGAAUGAAGCAGAUGCAAAGGCAACAAAGUACAUUUGGCGACUUGUUAGUGGUUUCCGACAUGAAUCAUUUUUCCAAAAGAUUUACACUGAUGCUAAGUUCCAGGAGAUUCAAAGAGAACUAUCCCGAUUGAUGUACUGCUAUGACAGGGGAGAACAUGUUAUUGAUGACACAACGGUUCGAUAUGUGAUCAAAGACAGGGUUUGGAUAGUACCGGAAGGGGAAAUUGAAGAAGUCAUUACGGACCGUAGGCGCAAUUAUGCGAUUACGUAUAACCAUGUUCUGAAAGAGGUCACUUGUGAAUGCAGAAAAUUUGAAACACAUGGUAUUCUUUGCUAG